AUAAUCGAGAAGCAGGCAGCUUUAGCAACAGUGACACCACAGUUGCCGCGAACCCGCUCCCUCUAUAAUCUUUCGAUUCUCACAUUUCAUGCCGUGCAGUCACAGGGUGGCUCUUCCAUCGGUUGGAGAGCCGAUGUUAGUUUCAAAGAGCGGGUUACAAAUGUGUAUCAAAUGUUGACAUCCCUUCGUUUAAUUCAACCGGAACCGGAUGCCAACCUACAGAGCCACAUCCGAGCUGCUCUAACUUUUGAGCAGAAGGCCUUCCAGGAUGCAAACAUGAAGGUACACUUUGUUCUUCUACUUAAAUAG